AUGCUUCCUUUUCUCUUUCUUCUUUGUUUCAUUUCUUACGAUAUUUGUCUCUUUCUAUUUUUGGUUUCUUCCUAUAUUUUCUCGCCAUUUUCGUCACAACCACUUUUUUUUAAUUGUCCAUGUUCCUCGCCAAUUUCAUUCUCUUUUUCUUCCACACUAAUCUAUUUCUAUUUUUCUCAUAAUCUUCAUCUUCUAUCUUUACUUCUCCUCCUCCCUCAUCAUUUCCCUCAUCCUUUCCUCCUCUUCUCUCAUCAUUUCCUUCUUCCUCUCUUCCUCUUCCCUCCUCAUUUUAAUCUCUUUCUAUUUCUUCACUUUCCUUGUAAUCUUUCCUUUCUUUUGCACAUCUUCCUCCCUCCCUCAAACUUUUUCCUCUUCCUCUCUUCCACCACCCUCGUAAUUUUCAUUUUCCUCUUCCCACUUACUUUCAUCUCGUUCAGUUUCUUCUCAUUCAUCAUGAUCUUCUUUAUCUACCUUUUUCUCUUCUUCCUUCCUCAUCAUUUCCUUCAUCCUAUCUUCCUCUUCCCUCAUCAUUUCUGUCUUCAUCUUCUCUUCUGUCCUAAUCAUUUUCUUUCUUCCUCUCCUCCUCUUCCCUCAUCAUUUCCUUCUUCCUCUCCUCCUCUUCCCUCAUCAUUUCCUUCUUCCUCUCUUCCUCCAUCCUAA